GUCGUUCUUUGCAAUUUGCAAAAAGUGCCAGAAAAAGAGAAAAAUAUGCAGACUUUGCGCAAAACCAUUUGAAUGCCAAUUGUGCUGACGUCCAAUAUUCAGACGAAAACCAAAAGCCAAGGGACAGAAUAACCGCUAAAAUUGUGGAAAAACAGGAGAAAACUCCCAAGCGGAAGAAGAAGACUGCAGCCAGUAAAAUGUCUGCAGUUUACUCGCCGCAGCCGCCGCAGCAGCAGCAGCAACCGCCUCCCCCACCACAGCAGCAGCAGCAGCAACCGCCCCCCAAUGCCAUGUCCCUGCAGCAGCAGCAGCAGCAACAGCAGCAACAACAACAGCAGCCACCUGGCGUCGGCGGCGGCGGCGGUGGCAGCGUCCUCGGCUCCCAGGGCGGGCUGCUGCCCAUGGGGAUGCAGCAGCAGCAGCGUAUCACUGGCGUGCCGCCAAUGGGAGUGCCCGGCUCCCCCGGUAGCAUCAUCACCGGUGUGGGUGGCGGCGGCGGUGGCGUCGGUGUCGGUGGAUGCGGCAACAUGAUGGGUGUCACUCCGCCAUCGACUCCACGCGGCGGCGGCGGCGGUGGUGGUGGCGGAGGCCUUGGCGGCGUCGGCGGUGGACCGCCGCAGGUCAACUCUGCGCAGAUCCAGAAGAUGCUCGACGAGAACUGCGGCCUGAUCCAGACGAUUCAGGACUUCCAGAGCAUGGGCAAGGCGCAGGAGUGCAUGUCCUACCAUGUGGCCCUGCACAGGAAUCUGGUAUAUCUGGCCCAGCUGGCGGAUCCUGCAAUGAAUAUCUCCCAGAUAUUGCCGCCGCCGCACAUCCUGCAGACACAGGCGAUGCAGCAGGGCAACCAGCAGACGCCGGGUGGUCCCACCGGUCCGCACGGUAUGCUGGGCGGCCUACCGCCGCCCCAACAACAACAACAACAGCCACAGCAGCCGGGCGGCCCAGGCCAGGGCCAGCCCCAACAGGCGGGUGGACCACCGCAAAUGGGUGGCAUGCAGCAGCAUAGCAGCGAGCCCGGCGUCCAAAUGACACCCUAUGGCGGCCAGCAGCAGCAGCAACAGCAGCCGCCACAUCCCGGCAUGCCACCCAAUCCUCAGCAGCAAUCUCAGCAGCAGCAGCAACAACAACAACAACAACAGCAGGCAGCGGCCGCAGCUGCGGCGGCAGCAGCAGCAGCAGCGGCAGCCGCUGGCCAGCAGCAGGUGACGCAAGUGAGUCAGGCCGGGCCACAGGUCCAGCAGCAGCAGCAUCCCUCGGCGAUCUACCGCAAUGCCCAGGGCGGGGGCCAGCCGGGACAGGGCCCUGCACAGCAAUCGAUUCUACCCAGUAAGUGUAAACAGCAGCAGCGGCCCAACAAUGGCCCCCUCUCAGGACCCGGCCAGAACCAGCAGCCGCCGCAGCAGCAACAGCAGCCACAGCAGGGCUCCCAGCAACCCCCCAACCAGCAGCAGCAGCAACAGCCCCAACAACAGCAGGGACCGCAGCAGGGCGGACCGGGCGGAGUGCCGCCGCCCCAGACCCCGUACCGCGUGAGCUACCAGCAGCAGCAGCAACAGCACGGCCACUAUCCCGGCUAUCCGCCGCAAACGCAGCCCCAGUACCAGCCCCAGGGCGCCUAUCCGUACGGACCGCCGGCGCAGGGCUAUGGGCCACCGCCUCCGGGGCCCCCGAAUGCAGCGCAGGCCGGCUACCAUCAUGGUGGAGCCGGAGCAGGGGCCGGGGGACAUGGCGGCUAUCAACCGAACACUGGUGGACCCGGGCAGCAGGCUCCGCCACCGGGCGUUUAUGCACCGCCGCCGGGAAGCCAGCAGGGCGUGCCGCCUGGUCAGCAACCCCCACCGCCGCCGGGACAGAUGUACGGACCGCCGCCGGGGACCGCAGGUGGCCAGCAGGUGGGAGCGCCCGGUGGGCCGCCUGGUCCGCCGCAAAGCGUGAAUCAGUAUGGUCCGCCGCCGCCACAGAACUCGACGGGUGGGCCGCCACCCAUGAGCUAUGCCGGGUACCCCCCAAAUCCCAAUCAGUACGGCCAGGCGGGGGCUGGAGGAGCGCCACCGGGUGGAGGCUAUGGGCCACCCCCUCCGCCCAACAGCAGCGGACAGUCGCCGUACCAGGCCUACCAGCAGCAGCAGCAGCAGCAGGCGGUCGGUGCCGGAGGCGCACCGCCGGGCAGUAGCUAUCCGGGCGGGCCGCCGACGAGUGUGGUGUCCGGGGGUCCGCCGCCGCCACCCGGUGGCUAUAGCCAGACAACGGCGCCCAGCCAGACGCCGCCGCCGCAGGGACCCCAGCAACAGCAGCCGGGUGGCGGUGGAGCGGGCUCCAAUCCGAACGGGCCCAAUGCCCAACAACAGUCGACGCCGCCGCCAUCGGGCGGUGUGGGAGGAAAUCCACAGCAGCAGCAGCAAGUGCCGCAAGGUGGGGCAGGAGGGGCAGGCUCUCAGCAGCAACAGCAGCAGCAGUACGCGCCGCCGCCGCCCCAACAGCAACAGCAGCAGGGAGGGCCGGGUGGAGUGGUCGUCUCAGGGGUGGCACCGCUGCCCACCCAGGUCCAGCCCACCUACUCGACGCCCGGCGGCGUGACUGGCUAUGGACCGCCGCAACCGCAGCAGCAACAACAGCAGCAGCAAGUUCCGGGAGGACCUCCUACCUCCCAGCAGCAGCCCCCACCGACCGGUGGACCCCCCAAUCCCCAGUCCAGUGCCCAGCAGCAGCAACAACAACAACAACAGCAGCAGCAGCAGCAACAACCGCCGCCCAAUGGUGCCACGCCUAAUAUGCCGCCCAAUCAAUAUCAGCCGGCUCCUGGCGCCCCACAGCCGUAUGGGGGACCGCCGCCGCAGGCCUACGGACCACCUCCACCGGGCAGUGCCUAUCCCGGCCAUGCGUACCAUCAGCCACCGCAGGCGGGUGGUUAUGCUCAGUAUCCGCCCACGCAGGGCUAUCAGGGCUACAGGCCAGCGGGCGCACAAAUGCCGCCGCCGGGAGCACCCCAGGGACCGCCACCGACGGGGGCCUACGGUUACUACAGCAAUCAACCGCCGCAAUGAGGCUGAGGUGACCGUGGUGGGGGCAACGGCAGGAGGAGGAGGAGUCCAUGUCCAUCCACUCGAAAAA